AUGAUGAUCAUGAAGGACCAUGAUGAUCAUGAAGACCAUGAUGAUCAUGAAGACCAUGAUGACCAUGAUGACAUGAAGACCAUGAAAGACCAUGAUGACCAUGAAGACCAUGAUGAUCAUGAAGACCAUGAUGAUCAUGAAGACCAUGAUGAUCAUGAAGACCAUGAUGAUCAUGAAGACCAUGAUGAUCAUGAAGACCAUGAUGAUCAUGAAGACCAUGAUGAUCAUGAGACCCAUGAUGAUCAUGAAGACCAUGAUGAUCAUGAAGACCAUGAUGACCAUGAAGACCAUGAUGACCAUGAAGACCAUGAUGAUCAUGAAGACCAUGAUGAUCAUGAAGACCAUGAUGAUCAUGAAGACCAUGAUGAUCAUGAAGACCAUGAUGAUCAUGAAGACCAUGAUGAUCAUGAAGACCAUGAUGAUCAUGAAGACCAUGAUGAUCAUGAAGACCAUGAUGAUCAUGAAGACCAUGAUGACUAUGAAGACCAUGAUGAUCAUGAAGACCAUGAUGAUCAUGAAGACCAUGAUGAUCAUGAAGACCAUGAUGACCAUGAAGACCAUGAUGACCAUGAAGACCAUGAUGAUCAUGAAGACCAUGAUGACCAUGAAGACCAUGAUGAUCAUGAAGACCAUGAUGAUCAUGAAGACCAUGAUGAUCAUGAAGACCAUGAUGAUCAUGAAGACCAUGAUGACUAUGAAGACCAUGAUGAUCAUGAAGACCAUGAUGACUAUGAAGACCAUGAAUGA